GAUAUACAACUAUAGAGUAUCUGUAAAUUGAAUCCCGUAUUAAUUAGAAAUUAUAUUUUUUCUGUAGGUCAUUUCAUCUGUAAAAUGUCUUUGAAACCUUUCUCGUUUCCAUUCCCUGAAACCCGAUUCUUUCAUACCAAAAAGUAUGUGUACAAGUUCAGAAUUCGCUAUGGCACCAAUUUUAACGUACAGGCUGAGGCCAGCAGUAAACAUAUUACAGAGGAAAUAGAGGCUUCAAUUCGAGCUGUACUCGCCAACCAUGAUAAUUUGCACCCUUUCUCUACAAAGAGCUUUAUAAUCUUCCCUUAUAAGAGUAAAUGGGAUAGCUCUUGCCGCCUGCGGUUUAAACAUGGACCUAAAUCCCUUCUCCCCUUUUCUUACAUCUUUACGAUUUAUAUUGAGCCAAAAUCUUUAUUACUAGAUGAAAAAUGGCCCGUCUCUGAAAAUUUUAGGGCGACCGAUAACAAGAAUGAAAAACAAGAAAUACUGUGUGAGAGGAACUGUGGGAAAAUGGAGGAUGCUAGUGAGCAGGAUACCAGCUCAUCGUUUGCUGAUGAUGCCCAGAAAGGUGGCAUUCUAAAGUUUCUAACAAGCCUCAUGCCAUUCCGGUUCCUGUCUCGCAGAAGAAACUCCAACUAAUACCUUUGCUCUUUAUGCUGUAUGCAACAACUAUAAGUUGCUUAUUGAAUUUAAUCACAGUAAGCUAUUAAUAAAUUGGUAAUGGAUGAGACACUUGAGACAGUGUGUAGAGUUAAUGUGCAUGGUUCCUGAAUUGUCUUCUUUUUAAAUAUAGCAUUAAAUGUUGAAACUGUCAAAAUGUUGCAUUUGUUUCUGUAAAUAUACAUGCCUGGAGGUGAAAGUUUCUUUCUGUCUGGGCGACAACAAUGUGCUCAGUGAUAAAUACAAGAGACCUAAGUGUGUGCUGGAGUAUGGAUACAUGGAUGAAAGAUCGCUAAAAGUCAGGUUUAGAGUAGGUUGAACAGUAGAAACAUUGUAUAAUAUUGAAACAACAUUACUUUGAUGGAAUGCAAAUUAGAGCCCCUAUUCUAACUGGUUUAAAUAUCAUGGGUGUGGAGAUUAAAACAACAGAUGGGAGCAACAGACUGGUUGCAUCUUUUUGUAUAUCAACAUUGGUGGAGACCAGGAUUUAACAAACACCAGGAGCAGCCACUGCUAGAUGUUUUAUCUGGAAACCAGGUUGACUCCUUAAGAAGUUACUUAGCUACAUACAUGUUUAUAUAGUAAGCAAUGGCAAAAAAAACAAAAGUCCAUUAAGUUUGACCUAUCAAAGAUAUCAAAUUGUAUCGAUCCAGAUGAAAGCCCUGUGAUGAGAUCAUUUUUUAGGCCCCUCUAUAUUGUUUGGCUAUAUCUUUCUUAUAAAUUUGUGCCAGGGUC